AUGGGGUUCAAAAAGAACAUGCUCCGUUUUGAGGAGCAACUUUCCGACGCCGAAUCCGAAACAGACGCUGAACCUCCGAUCUUACUGCAAUUUCCCUUCCUCCAUCUACCGUCUGAGAUUCGCCUGCGCAUUUAUAAUCUUGUCCUAUUCACGCCGACUCGAAAGAGUGCAUCGAAACGCACUGGUGGCAAUGUUGGGUCUUCGGCGAAGAAGAGCAAACCUCUAGCGCCGUUCUCACACCGCAUCGCCCUGUUCCUUGUCUCGAGACAAAUCCACGACGAAGCCACUCACUACUUCUAUUCAACCCAGACCUUCCGUGUGUUUCCCAUCCAGGAUUUCUUGCGCAUGCCCACGAUCCGGGCUUUGCCUCCACGCCACCGCUCUUCGAUCACCACAAUCGAAUUUAUUGUGGGAUCAAGCUGGACUGCACCCCCGAAGUCAUGGGUUGUAAACCAAGGCUUGGGCUUACACGACAUGGAGCUUGUGCGCACGUUGAAAGUGUUUGUGCAGUGUGACCCUUCACACCCUGUGUUCGAGGGCUUUCGUAUCUCCAAGGAUUACUAUACCAACUUCUGUGGCAAAUUGUUACAUCAAAUUUUGGAACGGCUGCCGGGUCUAGUUCAGGUUGAGUUCGAUGCCUGGCCCUCUGUAGAAAAGAAUGGACCUUUGAUGACUCGCUUGCUUACGGAAACUCGAGAUGCUCAGAAAAAGGUCCUUUGGGGUCCUGAUAGAGGCUGGACCGACACUCAAUACGACACUGAAUACGACACUCAAUACGACACUCACGAGAAACAUGAGCACAAUGACGUUGAUGUUGCCUUUGAUGGCCUACGGGCCUACUCCCCUAGUGUUCUCGAAGCCUUGAGCAACUCGCUUCAGACAGUCAAGUUGGAGUCAUGA